UGUCACGACUCACGAGCGAGGCUCCAAUUAAUCGCUUGCGUUCCCACUACUAGCUUUAGGCGUCUCUUCGCAUUCACGGCCUAGAGCUACCAACCCAGACCCAAAAACCCCAACCAUGCCGCCGCGGCCACGCACUCCGGCUUCCGCCGCCGACUUCGUCGCCUCCAAGCUCGCCGCCCAAGGAAUUAGUAACCAUCAGGUCGACCGCGACUACCUCAACCACCUCCAGGACCUCCACCCCGGCGGCGAUUCCUUCGCCGACUUCGUCGCCGCGAAGCUCGCCGCCCAAGGAAUCAGCGCCCAUCAGGUCGACCCCGACUACCUCAACCACCUCCAGGACCUCCAGCACCUCCACCCCGGCGGCGGUUCCUCCGCCGACUUCGUCGCCGCGAAGCUCGCCGCCCAAGGAAUCAGCGCCCAUCAGGUCGACCCCGACUACCUCAGCCACCUACAGGACCUCCACCCCGGCAGCGAUUCCUCCGCCCCCGAGCGCCCUGCCCGCGGCCUUCUCGACUCCCUUCUCCACGCCAUCAAGUGCGAGCAGCCCGACGAUGGCGGAGCCCGAAUCGCCCUCCUCCCCUCCCCAGCCCCGGAAGGAAGCGACCGCCCGGUGGAGGAGAAGAAACCCCCCGCGGAGAUCCCAGGGUACGACACCGCGGACAUGGAUGAGCACUACAGCACAUUCCUGAGGCACACGCGGGUGGUGAAAGGCAGGAUGGUGCUCGAGAUCGGCGGCAAGGUUAUUCCCUACGACCAGGUGGACAAGGCUGAUGGGGCAGAGAAGAAGGAUGGGGAGGAAGCGGCUGCCCGUGCUGCUUCGGCGGAGAACGGCGGCGGCGUUAAGAAGGAGAAGGAGAAGGGGAAGGAGAAGAGGAAGAGGAAGGUGGGUAGGCCUGCGCUGAAGCCUCGUGUGCGCGAUUCCCAUUCGCUUUUGCAGAAGGGUCGGAAGGAGGAGAAGAAAGGAGGAAAAAAUGGUGGUGAGAAGAUCAAGGUCGAGGAGGAGGAAGAAGAAGAUCAAGGCAGAGGAGUUAAAAAUCGUGCUAAGAAGAUCAAGUAUCGUGUGCCCGAUUCCCCUGCACAUCAGCAGAAGAGUCGGGGAGACAAGGAUGGAGGAGAAGAAGGUGCUAAGAAGAUCAAGGUGGAGGAGGAAGAGGAGAAGGUGGCCGGGAUUAGCACGGGUAGUAGGCCUCCGCUGAAGGCUCGUGUUCGCGAUUCCCCUGCACAUUGGCAAAAGGGUCAGAAGGAGAAGAAAGGAGUGAAAAAUGGUGCUAAGAAGAUCAAGCGGGAGAAGGAUGAAGACAAGCCGUCGAGGGAGCUGCCUGUGAAAACACUGAAUACUGUGAACAGAGAAACGGAUUCAAGACAUAAUGCCGAGCCUCCCGUUGCUUCGGGAUUACAUGGUGUUGUAUGGCCUAAACAUAUCAUGGAGAGGCCAGAUUCAGAAUUUAAGGAAAGGUUAAUGCGUGUUCUCUGCAAACCAUUUAGCCAGGGAGAAUAUGAUAUGCUGCUUGGCAAUGCUACUAUUCACCUUCCGGCGACAAAGAAAAGGCAGACGCGCAGCGGUGUGAAGUACUACGACUCUACACAUGAAAGGGUACCAUCAUAUUUUGAUUGUCACCCAGAUCUUGCGAAACAAGUACGUGUAGAAAGUAGCAGCAAACCCAAUCAGUUAGCUCUGUUGCGUGGAUUUUUCUUCUGGAUGGAGAAUAUUACGAAUGACGGCCAAUUCAGGCCAUGGAGUGAUGAUUUCAAACUUUACAAGAUUGUUCCUCCCACGGAAUGAGAUUACCUACAGAAGAGUUCUCCAUUCUCAAUUAGAGAAACUGAGGUUCUCCCGUGGUGUGAUUUGUCAGCACAACUCGUAGAAGUCUAGUAGCCUGUCUUGGUACUAACGACCCCCAAAUGAAUUUUCUUUAGACAAGAGUAUAUACCCUUGUUUGCUCAGCCUCUCUUUCAGAUAAUGGAGUUGUUGUGAAAUCUUUAGCCAUCUUAUCUGUAAUUUAAGUGCACACUAGUAUAAUUUAGCUGACGAUCCUGAAGAACUGGCUGUUGCCCUUUUUUUUCCUUUUCUUUUUAGCAAACGAGUAAGGAACUGUGGCUUCUGGCCCACUUGCGUCGGCUUGUCAGCCCAUAUUAUUUUGAGCUGGCCCGCGCCAUGCCUGUCUCUAAAGUUUUGGCCCGUA